CGCUAAACAGAAACCAAGAAACCACAAACAAGUGAUUUUUAGGUCUGAGUUGCCACAAGACGACUACAGAAAUCGCCUGUGGAUUUAAAAGGAAAACAAACCGAAGGCACCUGCUGCAUUUAUAGUGCUUUUUGGUUUUUCUUGCAGCACACAAAUGCCACACACUGCUAACAUACAACAGACAGGCACUGCUGGAUUUCGCCAUCUCACACAGCCCCGACCGUGAGUGAGCGAGCUGACCCCAGGACCGAAACAUAAACGCAAGCGACGCAAGAGGGGAGGGCUCCAUGCUAGGCUAACACCACCGCUGCCUAGCCUCUUGCUUGCUAACGUGCGGUGCCUGGAAGACAGCAGCGAGCUAAGAGCCAGGAUUACAACACAAUGGGGGGAAAAAAAGAGUGUCUAAUUUUCACCGAGACCUGGCUUUCAGCCAUAUUUGACUCCUCUGACAGAUAGGUAUGAUACACGUUGAAGCACUUUGAAACCGGACACCUACAAAACUUUGGUUUAGUUUCAGAGUGCUCUGUAGGUCACCUGGCAGAGAUGUAAACUAGCAAACAAAUGCUUUUGAUUAGCUAAACAAAUGAGCUUGCACACUGUCAAGCAAAUUGUCCGUACUAGGUGGUGUGGACAGCUGUGUGCGUGUUAAGCUUCUGUGUGUGUUCUUCAAAAUGUUCCUGAGGUUCCUCAGAGCAGUUAGCAAUAUUAUCCUUGUGUUUUCGAUAAACAUGCCGCCUAAAAGAGUGAUACUUGGGGAAAAGCAGACUGGCAGUUACUUACCCCACAGGUUAUGGUGAAAUGAGGUUUGUACAAAUCCAAUAUGCUGAAUCAGUUUCUUAAGUGUAAAAGUCCUCUUUGAGCAUUUUGAACACAGAUGCACAAAGUAAAUGAUGAAGGCUUCAUCCACUGAAGUGCACGAACACACCUAAGUUCCUUCAAUUUUAACAACACACAAACACCUAGAGAGGGCAAUUUUCCAGUCUUUGUCUUGUAUUUGAAUGGUUGGGUAUGGAGUUAGAGGAUUAUUCUACAUAAGAGGAAAAAAAUGUUAGCCUAUGUAGUGGGUUUGUAAAAGCCACAUAGUUAUUUUUAUGUAAACAACACUACUCUGCUUUGGACAGAUGAAUAUGUGACAGAGUAUAUUGAGAGACUUCCAGAGAUUCUGAGAAAGUUUCAUUUGCAGGUGUCACACAGACUCCUACAACCAUCAGAGGAGCCUGUUCAGUUAUUUCAUGUAGAUGAUUUUGUUCUAAUCAAAUCUCUGGAGAAAGUGUCUCUGUCUCUUAGGUGGAAAGGACCAUUGCCGGUGCAGCCCUCAAGUUUGAAGGCAAAGCAGUGUGGGUGAGUGCUGGAGAGAGGUUCUCCAGGACUUGACUAUCAUCUUUAAGGCCACCAGAGAACCAUGGUGUCAAAACAGAGAGGGGAGGAGCAUCACUGAUCACGUGAUCCAGAUAUGUGCAGGAGCAGUAAACAUUAAAGUGAAAGUAUCCAGUCACUGAGCUCUGACUCCAUUUUAACAGAGCAGAAGGAGGAAACCUGAAGGCUGAGGCAGGACCGACUGAAGUCCAGAAGAUGAGUGUUUGUGUGGAGGCAGAGGACAGACCAGAGUCUCCAGGAUCCAUCUGUCCCUCUAUGAAGAGUGACCAGUCCAAUACAUUUAUUCUGCCAGAUUUCAGUGCUGAACCUGGACCCUCAGACACAAAAAGGAAGAAGAGUUCUGGUGUCUCUGUGGACCAGCAGCUGUCCUGCUGUACUUUGUGUCAGGACGUCCUGAAGGAUCCAGUCUCUACCAGCUGUGGACACUGGUUCUGCAGACAUUGCAUCAGCUCAUAUCGGGACCAGUCUGGUUCUUCAGGAGACUCCCCCUGUCCCCAGUGUGGACAGAGACCCAGAUCAGGACCUGGACUGCAGACAGCCAAUCAGAGCAGCACUGUACAAACAGAUGGUCUGCAGGAGGUUUUAGAUGAACAUAAGAUCAGUCUGAGGAGGAGAUGUGAACGUGUGACUGAAGGAACUGAUCAAACAGGAAGUGGAACCCUCCUCAACAGGAUCUACACUGACCUCUACAUCACAGAGGGACAGAGUGAAGAGGUUAAUACCCAACAUGAGGUGAAGCAGCUUGAGACCAUUUCCAAGAUGAAGACCCUCCAUCAUGCUCCAAUCAAGUGCCACGAAAUCUUUAAAGCCUUACCUGAGCAACAGAGACGUGUCAGAGUCGUCCUGACCAAUGGCGUCGCUGGCAUUGGAAAAACCUUCUCAGUGCAGAAGUUCACUCUGGACUGGGCUGAGGGCUCGGAAAACCAAGAUGUGAGUCUGCUGGUUCUGCUUUCGUUCAGGGAGCUGAACUUGAUCAGAGAUGAGCAGUACAGUCUCCUCAGGCUGCUCCAUGUUUUCCAUCCAACAUUACAGAAGAUCACAGCAGAGAAGCUCGCUGUCUGUAAGGUCUUGUUCAUCUUUGAUGGCCUGGAUGAAAGCAGACUUUCACUGGAUUUCAACAGCAGGGAGGCCGUGUCUGACGUCACACAGAAGUCAUCAGUCAACGUGCUACUGACAAACCUCAUCCGGGGGAAUCUGCUUCCCUCGGCUCUGGUCUGGAUAACUUCCCAACCCACGGCGGCCAAUCAGAUCCCUCCUACGUGUGUGGACAGGGUAACAGAAGUGCGAGGCUUCACCGACGCCCAGAAGGAGGAGUACUUCAGGAGGAGAUCCAGUGAUGAAGAGCUGUACAACAGAAUCAUCUCACACAUCAAGAUGUCCAGGAGCCUCAGCAUCAUGUGUCAGAUCCCAGUCUUCUGCUGGAUCUCUGCUACAGUUCUGGAGCACAUGUUGACUAUAGAGCAGAGAGGAGAGCUGCCCAAGACCCUGACUGACCUGUACUCACACUUCCUGUUGGUUCAGACAAAGAGGAAGAAGCGCAAGUAUGAUGAGAGACAUGAAAUGAGUCCACUGGAGCUGACAGAGGCUGACAGACAAGUUCUUCUGAAGCUGGGGAGGCUGGCGUUUGAAAAUCUGGAGACAGGAAACAUCAUGUUUUACCAAGAAGACCUGGAGCGGUGUGGUCUUAAUGUCACAGACGCCUUGGUUUACUCAGGAGUUUGUACAGAGAUCUUGAAAAGAGAGAGUGUGAUCUUCCAGAAAACAGUCUACUGCUUUGUUCAUCUGAGCAUUCAGGAGUUUCUGGCUGCAGUCUACAUGUUCCACUGUUACACCAACAGGAAGACAGAGGUACUGCAGGGCUUCCUGGGAGAGGUCUACAAACAUGGGGACUCAAACAGAAACUUUCUUCUCAAGAUUUUAAAGUACUUAAUAAAGAUCAUUAGUAGUGACCAACCGCUUAGUGUCUUCCUGAAGAUGAUAAUGGAAAAAUCCAUGAGCAGUAAAAAUGGCCACCUGGACCUGUUUGUUCGCUUUCUUCAUGGCCUCUGCCUGGAGUCCAGUCAGAGACUCUUAGGAGGCCUACUGGGUCAGACAGAGACCAGACCAGAAACAAUCCAGACAACCAUCAACAACCUCAAGCAGAUGAACGCUAAUGAAAUCUCUCCUGACAGAAGCAUCAACAUCUUCCACUGUCUGAUGGAGAUGAACGACCUCUCGGUGCAUCAGGAGAUCCAAGAGUUCCUGAAGUCAGAGAACAGAUCACAGAAGGAACUGUCUCUGAUCCACUGCUCAGCUCUGGCCCACAUGCUGCAGAUGUCAGAGGAGGUUCUGGAUGAGUUGGACCUGAACAAGUACAACACAUCAUUGGAGGGACGAUGGAGACUGAUCCCAGCUGUGAGCAACUGCAGAAAAGCUCUGAGCAGUGUGUAGGAUUUAGUGCCAUCAAGUGGUGACGAAAUGCAGCCGACUCCGUCCCCUUAUCACCUGACUCCAGUGUUGUGAGAUGGAGGACAAACUAAUAAGAGGCUUCAGCAGUCUGAGUUCCUGGUUGAGCUUCUGUGGAGGGACAGUAACUCAAAGAUGUGUCUGACUCAGACUCAGCUGAACUCUUCAAGUCAUUUCUGACAGUGUAGCUGUGUUAGGAAGAGACCACUUCACAGUCAGUGUGGACCACAGGAAGGAUGACUGCCACCAACUACUCCUUAUAUCUCCAUCUGACAUCUGACUGUUGGUUUAUGUCAAGAAAUGUGAAGCUCUCCUUUAACAUGAUUUAAUAACACAAACCUACUCAGCUACAAAGGACAGGGAGAUGAAGGUCAUGUAAACACUUCAACGAUGAAGAGGAUUUUGGUCCAACAUGUCUGAUUUGAUCUUUAUCUUCUAAUGACAGAUGUGACUGAGCUCAGCAGUGUGUUAUGAAUCUUUGUUGACACCAACAAGCUCAUUGAUUAGGACACAUCUGAUUGGAUUACCAAUGAUUUGAUCAACAUGA